AUGACCCCUCAUGUGAACCCGUUGGCUGGGGAGAUCGAAGCCUUCGUAUUUGAUGUAUUCGGCACAGUCGUCGACUGGCUUGGUCCAGUUAGUCGAGAGAUUCAUCGACGUGCGACGAAUCACCAGGUCGAGAUGUCCGAAGGACAGGCAUCUGAUUUUGCAAAGCAGUGGAGGGAUGGGUAUAAGAAGGAAACAUUUCGUCGUUCUGCGCCGGAUGCGGAGGGACCGUGGAAUGUGGAUAUACUGAAUCGCCAGAUCCUUGAUAGUAUCCUGAAUGAAGAACGAUGGAAGCUGCUUGCAGAAGUGUGGGAUCCAGAAGAAAGAGCAGAGCUCAACCUUAUAUGGCAUCGUCUAGAGGGCUGGCCUGAUUCGUCGAAAGGUCUCUACGCCCUCAAGAAGAAACACAUCAUCAGCACCUGUUCGCAUGGAAGUGUGAGGCUUCUUGUCGACAUGGCCAAACACACUGACCUCCCGUGGGACUUUGUUUUCUCGUCCGAGUUAGUCAGCUCCUACAAACCGAAUCCCAAAGUCUAUUCUGGCUUGGCACAAUACCUCCAACUACCUCCGCAUAAAGUAGCCAUGGUUGCCGCACACGUCCACGACCUUCGUGGCGCUGCUAAGGUCGGGCUUCGAACUGUAUAUGUGAGGCGGGAGACAGAGGAUGCGGGAGUUGGAAUUGAACAGACCGCGGGUUACAAGGCGGAGGAGUUCGACAUCGUUGUGAACAGUUUGACGGAGCUUGCGAACAUGUUUGCAUAA